UCUGCAGAAAGGCUGGAGUUCUCUGAAAUGGAAGCACAACAGAGCAAGCUGGAAUUUUUCCACAAGCUGGGUUAUAGUAAGGAAGAAGUGUGUGAAGUGCUGGAGAAGCUAGGACAAGAAGCUUCAGAAAAUGAUUUGCUGCAGGAGCUGAUUCAGAUGGGGACCAGAACCCAAGAGCCCGAGAACCGGACACAAGCUUUUCAAUUCAGUCCUACAGCCCAUGCGCCAUGCGGGGUCUUGCCAGUUUCCCACAGGUCUACCAAGAAAACCAGCGAUCCCUCCAGCAAUUUGAGACCCAUUGUGAUCGAUGGCAGCAACGUUGCAAUGAGCCAUGGAAAUAAGGAAGUGUUUUCAUGCUUGGGAAUUCAGCUGGUAGUGGACUGGUUCACACAGAGAGGUCACCAAUAUAUCAAAGUCUUUGUUCCAUCUUGGAGAAAGGAACCAAGCCGAUUUGAUACCCCCAUUAAAGACCAGUAUGUCCUUGAGAAACUUGCAAAAGAAGCAAUACUUGUGUACACCCCAUCCCGCAAAAUGAAGGGCAAAAGGAUGGUGUGCUAUGACGACCGCUACAUCGUUAAACUGGCCUAUGAGCAGGAUGGGGUCAUUGUUUCCAAUGACAACUUUAGGGACUUGCAAAACGAAAACCCUGAGUGGAAGUGGUUCAUCGAGCAACGCCUACUGAUGUAUUCUUUUGUCAAUGACAAAUUUAUGCCUCCUGAUGAUCCAUUAGGCCGACAUGGACCUUCUCUUGACAGCUUUCUCAGCAAAACGCCACUUCUGCCUGAGCCAAAAUGGCAGCUUUGCCCUUAUGACAAAAAAUGCACAUAUGGCAUCAAGUGCAAAUUUUACCACCGAGAGAGACUGAACUGGGACCAUCUCUCUGUAGCUGAUGAGCUCCGAGCCAAGACAAAGUCCUUCUCAUUUGCUCAGAAAAUAGAAGACAAGAGGAUGGGGACAAUCUCCGUAAAGAUGCAGGAUGGAUAUAUGUCAAAUUUAGCUGGUCCUAGAGGCACUGGCAUUAUUGGCAGUGGGGGCAGCUCAGCAAUAUUCUACACUAAUCCCCCAAAUCAGGAAGAAGAAGAUACCAGAGGUUCAACAAGUGACUGGCCAAACAUAAAUCAAGGCAACUGGCAACCUGAAUUACAACAAGGCCAGCCAAGCCAUGCAGAAGCCAUGUCAAAGCAACCCACUGCCUUCUCCAUCAGUGCCAGGACCCAUUCUGGAAAUGCUCCUUCAGGACUCAGUAAAUAUGAAGACCUGGUGGGUGAUCCACGUGAGGAUCACCAUCUCAGAUACAGCAUGAGUUCGUCUCUGUCUCAACAUGCCCUAUGCUGGGACUGUCCUUGCUUACAACUGUGCAAUUUUCAAGGUUGUUACAGGAUGCAAACACCAGCAGUACAGACUUCACAAACACUUUCCUGCUCGGUAAGGCAGGACUUGAAAGCCCAGCCCGGAGAAGAACAUUUCUCUAUAGUGCCUUCAGCUGUGCCAUUUCCAUAUGGCAAGCCUGGAGAGAUGCAGUAUGCUGAAAAUUUGCAAGCCAGCUCUUAUGACCAGGUACUUCUCUUGGAUUCCAGCUCACUUAGAGCAGUAGAUCCUUACACAUGUCCUUCUGGUGCUGGCUCCCAGCAGAACUUAGCUCUAAAUCCACCUUUUCAAAAGCAAGUAAACGUUCAACAAACUGUAUGCUUUGGCUUCCCAUACACUGGGACAGACCAGUCUGUGUCACCUGCCUGCACUGAUGUUAUCGACAUGGGGAAUUCAAUGCCAUUAGUUCAAAGGUAUUGGAACUUACACAGCAGACCCUCCAGCAGAAAGCCAGAGUAGACAGAGAAGUGGGGCCCCGUGUUAUUGUAACAUUCCGACAACCGCUCAACUUGUAUAAGUCAUUUGGUGGGAAAUGAAGCAACAUUUAUACAGCUUGACUGAGCUUUAAAUGUAUUCCUCACAUCUCCCCUUGUCCCAUCUCUCUCUUCUGACCUGCUGUCCCUGGGAACAGCUUCUUUACUGUCAAUCCAUCAACCAUUUUGAAUUUUCCUUUCAGUCCUUCUCACCUGGCCACGUUUACUACGAAGCCUUCCCCAGACCCUGACAGCUUCAUAUUUUAUUAUGUAAUUCCAGUAAACCUCCUUCUACAGCACUGCUAUUCCUUUAUCAAACCCUGAAACAUUCCUUCAGAGUUUUAUUAUGUGUGUUAAGCUUUUAUAGAGAUUUAUGUUCACUGCUUUAACAGUAGUGUGAGAAAAGCCAUGAAUUGCAAAGGUGGAUGACAAAGGCUGAGGAACAACCACCAAGGGCUUCUAGCAGGGCUCCACGGCACAUCUCCAUUUCCCCAACAGCAACAUGAGCAACUUGCCUAUGGCUGCUUAAGAAGUUGUGAAGCACCUUUUUCUAACUUUGGCUAGUGCACGAGUUGUGAUGCCUCUUAGACAACUAUGACCUUGGCACAGUUGGUAAGGCCAGGUAAGGUAACUAAGUUAUGCAUUAUACGUUGGGUUGCUUCUGAAAAACCUCAGAAACUGCAACUGGUCCAGAAGGGGGAGGCAAACAGGCCUCACUGCAGCCCUCUAUACAGAUCAUACUGUUCCUUUAAUGUAUGAAUCAGGAGGAGAACUUUUUCUGGAUGAUGCCCCAGUCGUAUUCUUCCCAAACAUAUAUUUUACCUGGUGCCUUAAUUUUGCCAUCUUGUAGGCACUAAGGUGAAUUUUUCUGUAUUCUCAAGUGUUGCAUGGGAGAAAAAAAUAGUACCACUUUUAUUUAGCUGCCACCUUUUUGGCAAUUUUGUCUGUGUAUGUUUCUUUACUGUGUGUUAAAACCUCUCUAUAUCAUUCAUGCAUUGGUUUAAUAAUGUACAUAUCUGUUGGUUCCAGUGAAAAGCCUGAGAAAACUCUUUUCAAUAAAAUGCAAA